AUGUUCAAGUUACAUUACCUGAGGUUGCGAUCGCGGUACAUGCUCUUCUGCUUUAUCGCCAUCUUCUCGUUCAGUAUUUUGUUCCUAAUGUUUCAAAACAGUCUGAGCCGGCCAGCUAUUGAGACGUUGGUCACCGAAACGCACAAGCAGAUCAAUAACUUCAAAAACUUUAAAGACAAUUUGAAAGUGGCCGAGCAAAAAGAAUUAGUGGUUAACGAAGAGUAUUUGUAUGCAUUGGGGUUUGUUUCAAAACCGGCUAUUUAUCCAGAUUCCUCUUGGAAGAACACUACGCUGCCCAUUGUAGUCACAUAUGUGUUAGAUGAUGAACACAGCCAAGCAAUUGGGCUUGUCAUGUGUGUGGCCAAGUAUUUGCCCGACCGUGCAAUACUUGUAUAUAAUCUGGGAAUACCCGAAUACCAACUCCUUCUAAUGCAAUCGUUUUGUACUAAUAGCACUCGGUGUACAAUUAUCAAUUUUGAUCUAUCAAAAUUUCCAUCUCACGUAAGCCGAACACACAUCAAAGCAUAUCGACCUCUUGUAUUACAGGAUGCUUUGAACCGUGCUGGUGCUGUGAUGUUUCUCGAUCCAAAUGUACGAAUAAUAUCUCCAAAUGUCUCAAAACUCUUCACGCUCUACAGCAACAAAUCGAUAGUCGGCUGGGAGACAAGAAUGGCUACAACAACGCUCACACACCCAAAGAUGUUUGAUUAUUUCCGCACACCUGCAGACAAUUUUUUCUUUCUGCCACUGGUCCCAGUCAACAAACUGAUUGUGUACAACACUCUUGAUAUGCAUCAAGACAUCAUGCUACCGUGGAUUCAAUGUGCUCUCAUUAGUGAAUGCAUAUCUCCUAUAGGGGCGCAGACCAAAGGAUGUAGAUAUGACAAGAAACCGCAAUACAGAUAUUCCAGCUGUCAUGGGUAUGAUGUAUCAGCAUUCAACAUUGUGUUGGGUAUACAUUAUCAGUUUGAUAGUACACCUUAUGUCAUCAAAGAAAAUGAAGAUGAUUUUUUUACAAAGGUUUCAACGAGUGAAGCUGAUAAAGAUUUACAAAACUUGAUUUUGAACAUAACAGACACUCCAGCAGUGACUUAAUUGAAUACAUUUAUAAAGUAUUCUUUGUCUAGAUGAUCUUAAUUCGUCAUACAACCUUAACUAACGGAUAAACAUUGACCAAAAAUUAUUUUAAGUCCUAUAUAUUUUUUUGAUACUGUGAUAAUUGAACAUAAAGCCAUGCUAAUGUCCUACUCAAUAUUUGUAUAAGAAAUUAUUAUUAAUCAAGGUUUUGAAUAUUAUUUUAUUCACCAAAACCAAUGUAGUACGGUCAAUUGUGGAUAUUAAAAUACAUUGAUUCGCUGUACAAGUGUGUUGUGGAGAGAAUAAAACAUAACUUUUAUUUGUGAUAUUUUAAAACGUAUUGAGUGUCAGAAAAGUUUUCACUAUUAGUAAAUAUCUGAUAGAUUUCCAGCAUUAUUAUUUAUUACUAACUGAUUACACAUAGGUAUUUGAAUUAUAAAUACAAUUUAAAAUUUUAUUCACUUUUCAAUCUUCUAUUAAUUGCAUUUACAUUAAUUUAAU